GGUCUAUUUGGACUUCAAUGCCCUAUCUCAAAUUCACGAGAGCCAGGAUUUUCCCAAAUAUCUAAAGUUCUCCAAAUUUGUUACCCAUGUUUUGUCCCGUCGUAACAAUUUGACAGAAGUGUAUUCACUGAAACGAGCCAAGCGGUUGUGAAGAGAAUUGUGAAUUAUGCAUUCUCUCGUAAUAUCCAACAACUGGAUGUGGUAUGCUUGCUAGAGAAUGAUAUGGAAUUUCCUCUUUCCCUCUUUACUUCUCAGUCUCUCAAACAUCUCAGUUUGAGAAUGCUAAAUGACAGAUCUUGUGUAUAUCGUUUUUAUAAUAGUUAUUUAUCAUUAACUUGGGAACUCCCAUCAUUAACAACAUUGGAUCUUCAUUCUGUCACUUUGCGUGAUGACAAUGCUGGUAUUGGUUUUCUUUCAAAAUGUGCAAACUUGAAGAAUCUCACAUUGAGACACAUUAAGACAACUGGAUCCAAUGGUCUGAGUAUCUGCCAUCCUCAACUGUCUAAUAUCACACUUGAGGACACCCACUACUAUAAAGUGAAGGUUGUUACUGUGGUUGCACCUUAACUCCAGAAUCUCACUAUUAGAUCCAAUAAUGCAUUGCAUGUUGUGCUUUCUACACCUCACCUUACCUCCUUGUUCUAUAACGGCUGCCGUCCUUUGCGUCUCUCUACUGACAGUUUGCAUUCUUUGGAGAAGGCGAAUAUUUGUGUUUCCGAUCCUGAAGAUGCAAAUGCUCAUCAAAUAGUUUGUCUACUUCAGCAGCUUCACAAUGUCCACUCCCUUGCACUUAACUUGGAAAUAGCAGAGGUAUUAUAUAAUAGCAUCUUACAAUGAUUAUCAAUCUAAUAGCUACUUUCGUAUUUUCAAAAACUACAAAGAGGUUGAUACAAAACAUUGCAAAGAAAGAGACAUUAAAUGUGAUUAAAGUGCAAUGCUAUAAGGUAAAAUCACACACACACACAACACACACACACACACACAUAUAUAUAUAUAUAUUGUCAAUAUGACUAACCUCAAACUCUUAACUGAAUCGGGGGAAAACAGAUUUUGGAGAAAAUUGGCCACAUGUUAUGUUUAAAUUGGUUUAUAGAUAAAUUUUCUUUGGAAUCGCGACAGAUAUGUACAAUUAAAACGAGAUGUUCAAGUAGUUGAAGGAUUCGCGUGAAAAUUUAUAAAGGUUAAUUUAUGGUUUUAGGCGGUCACUGGGCUAUAUAUGUGACUUUCCCUUGUUAUAUUGUGUCUCCAUGCUAGGCUUUUGUGUAUAACAUAUUGUGAUGAUUGCUUACGUUGAAACCGGUAACUCUUUUUUCAUAAUAAUACAAUGCUAAAACUAGAUAUAGAAACAUGCUUUGAUACUUCUAUUGGCACCAAGCAUCAAGAAAUAUGGACCGUAAACUUUAUUUUCUCAUUCGAUGUUAUUGUUAGCUAAACUCAGUAUUGAGGAUGUAAUUAAACUUGAGAAAGAUAUGUUGCCUACAUUAAUAUAUAGCACACAUGAUAAUGAAAGAUUACAUUAUCUAUUAUCUGUUAUUGUUUUCUAUGUGUAGUUUUUGUUUAUAAAUUUUUUUGUAGCUCUUGUCUUCAUCUGCUAAACAUUUCAUACAUCAACCUUCUCCGUUUGUGAACUUAAAGAGCCUAAAGAUUUACCUGAAUAGAGAAUAUUGGUCCGAACAAGCACCCAUAAAAGUAGCUGUGUCAGCUGAACUCAAAAGCUAUUUGUUAGAUAGUUCUGCAAAGAGCACCUUCACAAUGGUCUUACGUGAGGAGAUUAGAGCACAUGAGCUUAUGGCCGAACUAGAGGUGAUUUUAGAGAAAGAGAAAGACGAUGCCAAGACCAACAUGGCUCACCUUGAGCGAGGAAAAACACAAGUGGAGAGCCAUAAAUCAAAGAGACUGAAAAUUGUGGGGAACAUGGCGCAGAUCAAGAGCUAUUGGGAGAAUCUGGAUGUGCAGACUAACCGAAUGAAAGAAAAAGCCUGUCUCAUUAUAUCGAAGUUGCAAAGCAUUGAAGAAUUACUAAUAAGACUAGAAGGUAUGGGGGCCGGCUUGGCCCGGCUUGGCCCGGCGCCGGACCCCCACACCGCCCCCCUCUUCCGGCUUCCGUCACAAACGGCGACCCACAGCCGGGUCCGCCGUGCCUCCUUCUUCCUUUUCCUCUCACAUAUACCUAUACAUAUAUACAUAUAUAUACAUAAAGGGGUUCAUCCCCCACCCCCCUAGGUCCAUCCCCUCCAAGCCACUCCUACGUGGCGCCUAUGUGGCGGCUCAUCCCCUCCAAGCCCAUCCAAACCAUACCUUCUAGUCUAAGGCUGCCUGCAUCAAACAGGGCUAAGACUGAGACAUGCUUUUAUAGUCUAAUUGCAGAGGCUGACAUUGCCAUUAGUAAAUUAACAGAUGGUAUAAAGAUCCAUUGUGAUGAGAAUCAAAGGCACUUUCAUGAACUUGCUACAACAUUGGAGCUGGUCUUCUUAGCAAAGUGAUUUACCUAAUUCUCGCAAGCGAUAAUUAUAAUAAAAAUGACAAGUGUGGGGUGCUAUAUUGUUCUUUUUUGUUAUACUUUCAGGUCC